AGGAAUGUUACAACGAAAAUUGCGGAGUGCUGUGUACGGCAGAUUUGCUUUGGUGCUAAUGGUCGACUUAUAGUAGCAGUUGCGGAUGACUAUUCGGUCACUCGCCUGGAGCGGAUUUUUGACGGUGAAGAGAUGCCUCUAGACCCGACAAUUUUGGAGUAUGCCUUGAUAGUUACCACGGCAUCUUCAUGUGAUCGACCUUCUUCAGCACUACGGGUGAAGUUUUCAGUAGAUGGAGACAUGUAUUCUGUUACUAUCCCGAUGACCGUUGCCGAUUUUGCUAGAAUGGUUGAUGAUGGGGAAGAUAUCGUUUCUUUUAUCAAGAGUCAGGAAGUUUUCCAGGAUUAG